AUGACGCCACCAAACAGUUCCUUUAGGGACCAGUACCGUGGUUUCCCUAUCUGGCAAAUGACUAUUAUUUGCAUCAUCAGAUUUUCAGAGCCUAUUGCAUUUUCGUCACUAUUUCCGUAUGUGUAUUUUAUGAUUAGAGAUUUUGGCAUCGCUGAGAGGGAAGAAGACAUUUCCAAGUAUUCGGGUUACCUUGCAUCAUGCUUUGCUUUUUGUCAGUUCCUUUUCGCCAUGCAGUGGGGAAAAUUGGGAGACAGAAAGUUUGGAAGGAAACCUAUAUUGCUAUUUGGACUUUUCGGAACCUCAAUCUCGCUAAUUUUAUUUGGCUUUUCUAAGAACUACUACAUGGCUGUUGCUGCAAGAUCCUUGGCCGGUGCCUUGAAUGGGAAUGUUGCUGUCUUAAGAACAAUGAUUGGUGAAAUUGCCACUGAAAGAAGACAUCAGGGAUUAGCGUUCUCCACCUUGCCAUUGUUGUUUAAUUUUGGUAGCGUCAUCGGGCCGUUAAUUGGUGGUUCUAAAUACCUUACCAGGCCAAAAAUGGAUAACCCAUAUCACCCAGAGCCAAAGGUAGAAAACCUUGGCUCAUUUUAUAAUCAAUUUUUGGAUAAGUACCCUUAUGCCUUAUCCAACAUUGUAGUGGCACUUUUCUUGUGGUUCUCUCUACUUUGUGGAAUACUAUUUUUAGAAGAGACUCAUGAGAAAUUUAAGUAUAGAAAGGACCUUGGUGUUGAAUUGGGAGAUAUUUUUCUUAAAAAAUUAGGCAUAACUCCGCCCAUAAGACCUUGGAACAAAAGCAUUGAUCCAGAAGGUGCUGGGGGGGACUCUACAAGUGGUACUGAUAUGGAGAGUGAGUUAUUGGACGAAAAUUCCCGUUUACUUGUAAGCAAUGAUGAGAGUGAUUCCAACGUUAGUUCAGUAGUAUCAAGAGCCUCUACCGAGAAAGAUAGUUCUGUUGCAUUCACCCCUGCGGUUAUUACUGCUAUUACUUCAAAUUUCAUCAUUUCCUUGCAUAGUGUCACUUACAAUGAGUUUUUGCCAGUUUUCUUGGCUUCUAGAUUCAAGCCGGAUAAAUUGGAAUUUCCUUUCAAGAUCGAAGGAGGCUUUGGCUUGACAGCAUCAUAUAUUGGUCAACUUUUCUCCAGUACGGGUAUAAUGGGGAUGUUAAUUGUAUUGACAAUAUUCCCUAUUAUAGAUAGAUAUUUAGGGACAAUUAAUGGAUUUAGGUUAUCAGUAUCGAUGUUUCCUAUUGUCUAUUUUAUAGUGCCAUUGAGUAUCUUUACUUUGCACGAGUAUAACCCAAGUUUCCCAACUUGGGUUACCCCAUGUGUUCUCUAUUCCUUGACUUCCUUGAAGACUUUAGGAAGUGCCACCGGGAUGCCACAGAUUAUGUUGUUGAACCAUAGGGCGGCCCCAAAGCAACACAGGGCGUACGUCAAUGGUAGCACAAUGAGUAUUAUUGCAUUGGCUAGAUGUACUGGGCCAGUUGUCUUCGGGUACUUGAUGAGUGUGGGGGAUAAAGCAGGUCAUGGGUGGCUUCUCUGGUGGGUAAUGGCUCUUUUGGCAUUAGUCGGGACUUUCCAGUCCUACAUGAUGAAAGAUUAUGAAGAUUAG